UAGCUUCGUUCCUAACACCACCCCCCCAACUUAUAUCCCCUCCCAAGUCCCAUCCAUGAGAUGAACUCCCUUAAUUAGUCCAACUUGUCUCAGUUUACCAUUCACCAUGUGCAAAAUAUGUUCACAAACAGUAAUUGGCAAAACAAAAUCAGAGGAGGUCCCGCGUUUCUUUGUUCUCAAGCGUCCAAUUGUUAUUUGUCGUCUGGUUUUAUGUGGAGGAGGAAGAUUAUCUAAUAGUAGAUAUUGCCAAAUUCCACUUCUAACCAAAACCAACCACCAUGCUUAGGGCAGUGACACUUCUUGUGCUACUGAUUACCACUACCAUCACAACAAUGGUGCGUUGUGAACCACAAGUACCAUGCUACUUCAUAUUCGGAGACUCUUUGUGCGACGCCGGUAACAACAACGACCUUGUCACGAAAGCCAAAGCCAAUUAUCCACCGUAUGGCAUUGAUUUCCCGGGAGGAGUAGCCACUGGAAGGUUCUCCAAUGGUCGAAAUUUUGCCGAUAGAAUCACUGAACUUUUGGGAUUCGACGAGUACAUUCCACCAUACAGCACUGCAAAAGGAAAAGAAAUACUUAAGGGUGUAAAUUAUGCUUCUGGGGCGGCUGGAAUUCGCUCUGAAACUGGAAAACAUUUAGGUGAAAGAAUCAGCUUGGAUCAACAGAUACAAAACCACGCAAUGACAGUAGCAAAAUUUGCUUGGUAUGGGCCUAAGAAAGUGCGAAACCUAGGAAAGUGCUUAUACACUGUCAACAUGGGAAGCAACGAUUACAUCAACAAUUAUUUUAUGCCACAACACUACACUUCAAGCUCGAUCUACUCCCCUGCUGAAUACGCCGAAGCACUCAUUCGUCAAUAUGCUGCUCAACUCAAGAGAUUGUAUUUUCUUGGAGCAAGAAAGAUGGCUGUGUUUGGACUUGGUCUAAUUGGGUGCAGUCUAGGUGAAAUAUACACCUUUGGCACAAAUGGUUCCCUGUGCGUAGACAAGAUUAAUGCUGCUGUUCAACCUUUCAACCAAAGGCUCGUUAAGCUGGUCGAUGAUCUAAAUAACAAGCUUCCUGGAGCACAAUUUACUUAUAUUGCUAGCUCAUCAAAUACUGACACAGGUUCUGCGGUAGCUAAUGCUACUUGUUGUGAAGUAAGGGAUGAUUAUCAAUGUAUACAAUCCAAUAAAAUUUGUGAAGGCCGAAACAAUUACAUAUUCUGGGAUGGUUUUCAUACUACCGAGGUGGUGAACGUAAUCACUGGAGAAACUGCAUAUAGUGCUCCUGAUUCAAACAAUGUACAUCCCGUUGAUAUCAGAACUCUGGUGUCUAGUGAUAAAUGCAUGAUAAAGGAACUGUAAUCACGUUCUGCUGAUCUAAGGUGAUUUCUUUGCUCAUGGCUCAUUUGUACGUAGAGCUCUAAAUAAGAAAAAAAACAAGCUAGGAAUGCGAAAAAAAUAGCUCUAGGUGUACAAUACAGCAAAGUGUAUGGUAUUGGUUUUGGCGUUGUUCUUGUAAUCGUUGUUAAUUACGUCCUAAAAUAAGUAUUUAGAUAUAUUGUGCUUUGUAUCCUAAAAACAUGUUCCCAGGCACGGUGGCAGUUAUUAGAAGUUUGAGUUCGAAGUGUGUUAGUGGAUAUGAUAGUUCACUAGCUACUUGUAUAAUGCGUUGUAUGUUGAAACUCAGUGUCUUAAGACUUAAAUAAAGUGUUAUUUCUAAA